AUGCCGGGCCCAGGAAUUGGUCGUGCAGUGGGUCGGGGUCUGCCAACAGCGGCUCCAGUAGCCGGCGCUCCGCCUGGACUUCAGGGUCCAGUUCGAGGAGUUGGCGGUCCGGCCGCCACUGUUAUGACUCCGCAAGGAAGAGGAGUUCCAGCGGCCCCUCCACCGGCCGCCCCUGUCAUUCCAGGCAGAGGUGGGCCGCCCCUUAUGGGUCCGCCUCCUGGCUUGAUUCCAGGUAUGCCGGGCGCACCCCCACAGAUGCCACUCGGAAGAGGUAUGCCUCCAGCGGGUCCACCGCCUAUGGGACCACCUCCUGGUAUGAGAGCUCCUCCGCCCGGAAUGAUGAGAGGCGCUCCACCUCCCGGUGCUCCGGGAUUACCUCGUCCUCCACAUUAA